GGCUGGCUGCGCCCCCACCUGGAGACGCUCCUCCCCUCCUCCACUUUCUCCCUCCUUCAGGUCGCUCUGGAGGCAUUUGAGCCCGCAGCCAGCGGAGGAUCACACGGCUUGCUUCCAUGUCCCGCCGGCCGUAGCGUCAUGAGGGGGGCAGCCGCGGCGGUCUGGUUCCUGCUUUCGGCCCUCUGCCAGCCUCUCCGGGCCGGAGGCUCUGCUGCAGCCGUCGCUCCGCAGGACUGCAGCCUGGACUGCAUCCGACAGGGUGGAUUUGCGUGUGAAUACUGCAGAAUAACCAGAAGCAACAUCCAGCAGGCUUUGGGUUUUAACACCAGCAUCCCGUUUGGGAGUUGCAUCCCAUGGCCAUGUUUUGAGCUGCUGGGGAACGAAGACCGUGAAAUCUGUGAGCACUUCGUCCACGCGCCCAACGAUGUGAAGGUCGAGUUUGUUGAUGACCCCAACCUCAAAUCUGACACCAUCGUCGUGUCCUGGAAGCCGAGCUCCUAUGGGAUCGCCUUCCUGCGAGGCUUCCAGGUGACUCUGCAGGCUUUGGGCAGCUCCAGCAUCUCCUGCCAGCUCUUUUUGUUCCCCCGUAACGUUUCCCUCACGGCGACUGAGGCUCACACGGUAUACAUGUCGGACCCGUUCCCCGGGCUCUCCCUGGGAGCCCAAUUUGCUGUUACUGUCAUGUCUCUGCCGGUGCCUGAAAAGUGGGAAAAAUUCUACAGCAGCACCACCUUCUCUACACGCUCGUGUGCAGAGAAGAUCGGUCUGGAGAAGUGCAAACAUGAUUGGUACCCAAGACAUGUUGAAGUCCAGCAGGAGGGCACCCUGGUCACGGUGACCUUUAACCUCGCCCCUCCAAACCUCGGCAUCAGGAACUACUUCUCGCUGUGUUACGCAAACGGCAAGAAGGAAUACAAAGCCAUAACACCAAGUUUAGCGGAGAACCAAACUCACCACAGCUUUCAGCUGGAUGGUCUUCAAGAAGGAACCAACUACACUUGUGAGCUGGCGGCUGACCAAGUGGAUGCAGUGAGGAAAAUAUUCAACGUUCACGUCCAGACUCUGCAAACGGAGGCCCCCCCUGUGGCUCUGGCCCUGGCUGUGACGCUGCCUCUGUGUCUCAUCACCGCCGGCCUUCUCGCCGCCGCCGUGCUGGCCGCCGUCAGCUGCUGGAGGUCCAAGCUGCGCUCCAAGGCGUUUCACAUCAAAUCAGAUCUCAUCAGGCAACACGAGGAGGAGAGCAGGGUUCCAGAGGAGGUGGUGACGCUGCAGAAGGACCGACUGACCCCCCCGCGACUGCUGAUUUGCUACAGCAGCCGUGACGGCCCCGCCCACGUCAAAGCUGUCAAUCACUUUGGAGCUUUUGUGCAGAAGCACAUGGCCACUCAGGUCUGCCUGGACCUUUGGGACUCUCUGGGCGUGGCUGAGGAAGGCUACAUGGCCUGGUACUGCCGGCACAUCCGGGACAGCGACUUCAUCCUCGUCAUCUGUUCCCGGGGACUCAAGAGGAGGCCGGAGCCGCCAGGAGCAGAGGGGGACGACGAAGACGAGGAGGAGCCUCUGAGUUUCGGGCCGGACGCCCGCAUGUCUGAGGCGGUCGUCCAGCUCAUCGUGGAGGAAGUGGGGCGGGCCAAAGCGCGGGGCCAGGACCUGUCCAAAUACAUGGCGGCCGUGUUCCAGUACUCCCAGCAGGCGGACAUUCCCGUGGAGCUGGGGCUCGUCCAACACUACACCCUGACCAGGGACUUGGCGCUGCUUUUCUCUCACCUGCACGGGGUGGCCCUGCACAGGCCGGGGGGGCACCUGAAGAUAGCCCCCCUGUCAGAGGAGGGCUUUGCCGAGCUGCCAGCAGGAGCCGCUCUGCAGAGCGCCAUCAGCGAUGCCGAGGCCACCAUGAGGAGGAAAGUGGAAGAAGUCGAGUAACCGGUAAUCCUGCUGAGGCGGCGCUCUGGACUCGCACGCCUAAAAAAAACUCUGUCAGAGAAGGAGGUGAAGGUGUGAGGGAGGAGGAGGCUGAAGGUGGGGUUGGAGCCAAAAAAGUGAAGAAGAAGAACUGCGUAACGCAUUAAGCAGUAAUAAAAUAUACAUGUUUUUAUAAAACAAUAGCCGUAUUAAAGCUCUGAUAAAAAGCUCUAAGUAUUAUUUUCUUCAUAUAGGAAUAAAACAUGGAGUCUGCCGAUGUGUUUAUUUACCAUGUUUACCCCGACAGACUGAACUCUUGUUUACAGCCGUACUUCUGUUUUUAUUUAUUGUGUGUCAAACGUCUUGACAGCUAAAAAUAAAGAAAAAUACAUUUGUAUUUGUCAUUUUGUCUGCCUCCAUGACUGAGUGGUUAAUUUUUUUUUGUCUGGCUGACAAAACAAUAAAAAGGAACUUCAACAAAUA